CUGCAAUAUAUUCAACGAUUCACUCAUACUGUUGGAGAAAUCCCUUCAGUCGUACGUGAGAUUCCGAGUUUCCGACGAAUACCUUUGUUCAAGGAAGAUCGGGAUUUCUGAGGGUCUAAAUGGAAAACAUGUCUUAUUUUAUCGUAUUUUGUUUGAUUUCUGGAAUUAAAGAUGAACAGGCCGGUCCAUGGGUCCAUCGACGACCGGUUCGAAGCGCCGUGCAAAAUCGAGUUGCAACUCAUAGCCUGUACAUUCCAUCUCCCCACGGCGAGGGCGAGGCGGCGCCUUCCUCCGCCCUCAGCAACCUCCCUCCCUCUCUCUGUCUCUCGCACCGCAUAAUGGUGCAUCCGAAGAACAAAAAUGCCACGAACAAGAAGCCGAAGCCCAGAAGGCAGCGCGAUGGUGUGAAGAAACACGGUAAACAAACUGAUAUAGAAGAAUUUCGCGUUCAACUUGAUGUAUUGGGAUUAAAAAUAGUUGAAGUUACAGCAGACGGCAACUGUUUCUUUAGGGCCCUAGCCGAUCAGCUUCAUGGUAAUGAAGAUGAACACCAAAAAUACCGUGAAAUGGUGGUUAAAUAUAUAAUGAAUCAUCGUGAAGACUUUGAGCCCUUUAUUGAAGAUGAGGUUCCAUUUGACGAGUACUGUCGGACAAUGGAAAAGGAUGGAACAUGGGCAGGCAAUAUGGAACUUCAAGCAGCUUCUCUUGUUACAAGGAGAAAUAUUUGUAUUCAUCGAUUUAGUUCUCCACGUUGGUACAUUAGUAAUUUCAGUGGUCAUCAAGAUGAUAUGAUUCACUUGUGUUACCAUGAUGGCGAGCACUACAACAGUGUUCGGCUAAAGGAAGAUUCUUGUGAAGGACCUGCUAGGCCAAUAAUUAUUAAGGUAGAUGCUCAUAUUUCUAGAAAGGAUCACAAUGACAAAGCAACAACUAACAAAUCAUCAAAAGGGUCCUCAUGCAGAUCCUUCAAUAGAGAAUCAGUUAAAUUGGUCAUGAUGGGAACAGGAUGUAAGGAUGUUGAUAAAGUUGAACAGGUUUUGCAAGAAGUAGAUGGCGAUGUCAAUGCAGCAAUUGAGUUUUUGAUAGCUGAACAGGAUAUGGACUUACAUGAAAAUGCACAAAGUACCAAUGAUAGGUCCAUGGAAAAUGAUUUAGUUCAAGAUUUUUCUGGAGAAGGCCAAAGUCAGGAACCUGGACUGCCAGAGGUAGCAUCAGAAGACUUAAGGUUGGACCAAAAUGAGAAACAAGGAAAGAAGGAUUGUUCUCGCAAAUCUAAAAUGAAGUGCCAGGCUUGUAGCUCAUCAACGGGAAAAACUUCACCCUCUGUUGAUAACAAACGCGCUGUUAACAAAGGCAAGAGGGAAACAAAGCAGAAUAAAAGAAAAGAAGCCCGCAAACAAGUCAAGGAGUCUGGAUCAGGACCAUUGCUGGAUAUGGGAGCGCUUUGCAUUUGAAUUGAUUGGUGGAUUUUGACCAAUUUACUUAAAUUUUUAGUUACUUUCUUGCUUGAAGCUUUGACACUUGAUUAUCAAGUCGGCCAUGCUCCACUUAUUUGAAGUUCACUGGGGGCAUCUUGGUGUUGAGGAUUGAAUGAAGCAUUCGUGACACUUUUAUUCUGCUGAUUCAGCCGGGGGUAUUCGAUCGUCAAAGUUUCAGCUGAGGAUUCCCUUUGCCGAGCGAAACAAAUCAAAUCUUCUGUGUUCCCCAUUUAAAUCUUUUACACACUAGAUGGUCAUAUAGGCUAGUAAACAGGUAAUUAAUCAGGAGACUCUCUCAUGAGCUUUUACUGUAUUUGUGACAACGAUCGGAAUAAAGGGCGAAAAAGGCAACAAAAAGUCCUCUUCGACACGGAUGCAAUGGACUUGUGCCUCGAAUUAUCCA